AUGAAAAGUAAAGAUAUAAUACAUAAUAACAAUAAUACCCAGCUACAACUACAACAACCUACUACUACUACUACUGAUCAGCAACCAACAACAACAAAGACAAUGACAACAACAGACAAUACAACAACAACUACAGCUACUACUGGUACCACUACAACUAUAGCGACUACAGCUAGUUCUAAUCAAAGUGGUUCAAAUGAUUUUGUUAAGAAAUUAUUCUUGAUGUUACAAGAAGAUAGUUAUAAAUCGAUUGUAAGAUGGACAGAUUUAGGUGAUAGUUUUGUUGUAAUUAAUACAAAUGAAUUUACUAAAGAAAUAUUACCAAGACAUUUUAAACAUUCAAAUUUUGCUAGUUUUGUUCGACAAUUAAAUAAAUAUGAUUUUCAUAAAGUUAAAAUUACAAAUGAAGAAAAAUCAAAAUAUCCUUAUGGUGAUGAUACUUGGGAAUUUAAACAUCCUGAUUUUAAAAUUAAUGAUAGAAAUGCUUUAGAAAAUAUAAAAAGAAAAGGACCAUCGGUAAAGAAAACAACUCCAAAUUUAUCUACAAGUGGUGGUACAGCCAACGGCUCUGAAGUAAUUAUUAAAUGUAAUCAUAAUUAUACUCAAUUAAAUCAAAAUUAUAAUCAAUUAAAAGAUGUUGUUUCUCUGUUGAAAAAGGAAAAUAAAUCAUUAAAUCAAGAAAUUCACGUUUUAGAAAGAAAAUAUAAAACAUUAGUUGAAAAUAUUGUAACUAUUAAUAGUAAUGAUGAAAGAUGUUAUCGAUCAAUGAAUAUAUUGUUGAAUUGUUUAAUUGCUGCUGGUAUUAAAGUGCCUCCAUUAGAUUUUCCAAUGAAUCAACAAUCAUCACCUUCCCAAAUACCACAACUUGCAGUACUUCCACCAGGUGAAGAAACUAAUGGAUCCCUACCUAGUAUAAAUCAACUUAGACAACCCCAAGCACCACCACCACCCCAACAACAAUCUCCAUUAACUAAUCCAAUAAUGACAGGUCCACAACUUUCAACUCCUAUACCUGCACCAUUAACCGCACAAACAUUACAGCAACAACAACAACAACUUCAACAUCCAUUGGGAAUACCUAUGAAUUUACCACUUAAUAGACCAUCAGUGGUGACUCAAGGUCCAGGACCACCACCACAACAUAUCCAACCAAUCCCAAUGCCAAUAAAUACCCAACAACCCCCACCCCCACCACAACAGGCUCCGCCACCACCUCAAGGAUAUUUACAACCACCACCACCGCCGAAUGGACCAAUAGUUCAUAGAACAAGUCCACCGAAUAGUGAAUCCCAUUCAUCGAGUGUUCAUUCUCCAUUAGCACCAACUGCUCCGCCAGGAGCAGCUACAUUAGGAACUACUGGAUCGGGAACUAUUGCAACUGCCGCUGGUGGUGCCCCCGUUACUUCCGUCUCCCCCUCCAUCCCCACCGCAACUCAAAUCGUCUCCACCACCACCAAUAUCCCCAACCCCAAAUUCCACGUCCUCCUAGUGGAAGAUGACAAUGUAUGUAUCCAACUCUGUCGAAAAUUCUUAGUCAAAUACGGAUGUCAAGUCACAGUGGUCACCGAUGGACUUAAUGCCAUUUCCACGGUUGAAAAAACCAAAUAUGAUUUAGUAUUGAUGGAUAUCGUAAUGCCUAAUUUGGAUGGAGCGACGGCCACGAGUGUGAUUCGAAGUUUUGAUACUCGAACACCCAUAAUUGCCAUGACUGGGAAUAUUGAGGAUCAGGAUUUGGUUAAUUAUUUGAGAAAUGGUAUGAGUGAUAUUUUGGCCAAGCCGUUUACGAAAGAUGAUUUGUAUAGUAUUUUGCUGAAACAUUUGUUGAAAGAGGCUGCUGCGCCAGCAACUGCUGGUGAGAGUGGAAGUCCGACGGGUGGUGUGACUGAUGGGGGACAGGUUAAGAUUGAGAAUAAUCCAGGAGAGGGUGGAUUAGAGGAGGAUUUGUUAUCGAGAGAGGAUCCAAUAUUGAAGAAACCAAGACUUAUAUAA